GGAAUGAUGACGCCAGAGCGCUCCUCCGCGCACAGAGCGCUUUGCGGCUGGCGGCCAAUUUAAAGAGUCGUGUUUAGAGGGAUUUGCACAUUUUUUCCCUUCUUCGUUAAAAUGGAACAGAUGCCACAAAACAGCGUGUCCCUGUACGACUUGCUACGUGUUCAAGGCUCCAUGUUUUUCAACAGAAGUAACUCCAGCAAGCGAAAACCCACAGCUGCUCAGAAUGAGGAUCUGGAGGAUGAGUUCAUCCCCACUGAGAUGAGCCAAUGUUUUGCCAAGGAACGCAAGCGGCCACAUAUCAUGGAAAACGAUAAAGAGAAUGACUGUGGCCAGUUUGUGCUGUCCAAAAGAUCCAGGAGAAAAAAGGACUGUGCGCAGAAAAUUUCUUGGGACCAGCUUCCAGAUGAACUGCUGCUCAGGAUCCUGUGGUGCCUUCCUUUACAAGACCUCCUCAGGACAGCGCGGGUCUGUCAGCGCUGGAAUCGUUUAGUGUUCGAUGAGUCUCUGUGGAAUAGCGUGGACCUGGUGGGCAUGAGCAGUGCGGGUCCAGCCCUGCAGCAGCUGCUGAAGAACAAAGUAAGACGGUUGCGAUGUCCAAGAACCUUCGUCGGUGAUCUACAAUUAUCAGAACACGGGACCCUGCAACUUGUCCAGCUGGAUCUAUCCAGCUCCACCAUCAGUACAGUCACUCUGGAGAGCAUCCUCUCUCGCUGCAGGCAGCUGGAGUGCCUCAGUCUGGAGGGGCUCAAACUCUCUGACCCCAUCAUCAGCUCACUGGCAGAUAACACGUCGCUGGUCCAGCUCAACCUCUGCGGCUGCUCAGGCUUCAACGCCCCGGUGCUGGGUGACCUACUCAAGUCCUGCACCAGGUUGGAGCAGUUGAAUAUUUCAUGGUGCAUCUUUGACAGCGAUCAUGUGAAGAGUAUUGUCAAUCACGUGAGCCCAAGUGUGACGCACCUGAACCUCAGUGGCUACAGAGAAACUCUCAAUCUAGACGAUGUCAAAGUUCUUGUGAAGAGGUGUCCAAAUCUUCUUACACUAGAUUUAAAUGACAGCAGCCUGCUGAUGGCCGACUGCCUGCAGGUCCUCGCGCAGCUCCCUCGGCUGCAGCAUCUUUGUCUGAGUCGCUGCUAUCACAUCCACCUGGCUGCCCUUACCGACGUGGGAACACUGUUUCCCUCACUUUGCCAGCUGGACAUCUUCGGCCUGGUCACAGAGUCGCACCAGCCUUUGCUCAAGAAUGAGAUGCCUCACAUCAACAUCAAUUCGCAACCUUUCUCCAAUGUUGGCCGGCCUACGCCCGCAUGUCCAGUAGGGGGCGGUAUGGAGCGCCUGAUGUGGGACAAGGCAUGUCGACUCAGCUUCAAAACGUGGCAUUGAAUGUCUGCUUCGGUGUUUGAACUGGAGCGUAUCAACAGUAUUUAUGGCUGCUGCAGUUGUUUUUCAAAAUUCAAUCAAUUUUAGACCAACAAGUGUGUUGUUGCAAGGAUGUUUGAAAAAGCUUAAAAAAAAUCUUGUUUUAGGUUCUGAUAAUGUUGAGCAGGAAUGUGAAACCAAGUGUUUCUAAUCACUGAUGAAAGUUUGUUUGAAUCACCACAGAAAUUAAGUUCUUGUCACUGUGCCACUUUGAGUCAUCACAUGUCUGUUACUGGAACAUAUUUGCCCUCACAUUGUGAGCAGGCCUGCAGUUGAAACCUGAACUCAUCAACCAUGCUGAAGGUUAUCCUUUACAUCCUGACUGAUAAUAAAAUCAGACGGUAUAUCUUCAGGUUCAGCUGUCGCACUGCUACAUGCUGCCCUGCCCAUGGAAUUUGUUCAAGAAGUCACUUUCAGUUGCUGUGGAAAAUUGGAUUUUGAAAAAACAGUUAAACAUUUGUGCUGUAUGUUUCCUCCCCCUCAUGGUUGUGACAUGUUUUUUUUUUUUUUUUUUGAUACUCAAAACAUUCCAAUAAACAUCUUAUGGUCAGUCAUUCCCUGGUGUUCCUUCUUUUGGUGCUGUUAAUUAUGUUA